UGUGACUUUUGAGUGAACAUUUCUAUGUACAUUUAACUUUGAAGUAUAGACAUAUAAAAGUUUUAUAUUUUCAACUUGCCUUUAUUUUAUAUUAUUAACAUUCUAAAAAACAAUAAAUUAUAAUAUAAAUACAUAAUGGGUGUUGACAUUUUGGGCUUUGCGUACGCCGCCACAGUUGCAGCCGGCGGUAUUAUGGGUUAUGCGAAAGCAGGAUCCAUACCUUCCCUGGGAGCUGGGAUUAUUUUCGGAUCAAUAUUAGGUGUUGGUGCAUAUCAACUAACCCAGGAUCCUUCCAACUACACUUUGUCCCUUGGUACCACUACCGCGCUUGGUGGUCUUAUGGGUUAUAGAUAUUACAACGGCAGGAAGUUCAUGCCAGCCGGUCUGGUUUUCUGCCUCUCAGUUGCCAUGUUGGGUAAACUAAUAGUCAAAAACGUCGGUGCUCGCUCGUUUCCUGUGAAGUCUGGUUAAUAAUAAUGUAACAUACAAUAGUAUAGUAUCUCUGGAAUUAUAUUGAUAUGGGGAAGUCUCUUACACAUAGGUAUUAAACACUUAAAAAAAUUAACCAGUUUCCAAUGUCAGAUAUUCUAUGGCAUGAUGUCAUAUUAAAAAAAAAUUAAACGAUAUAUUUUUUAAGUAUAUUGUUUAAUAAUAAUAUAUGUAUAUGGUAGAUUUAUAUCAACAAACGUUAUUUAAAUAUCCCGCUGUAUAUUGUGUAUUGCUUUUCAACUAGUAUGCAGUACUUUGUUGUAGCUUGUUAUUUUUUUAAUCAUUAUAGUACCAGAGAGAAACUAUGGCUUGUAGAAUUAUCCUUUUAACACUAUACAAUUCGAUAGGGAUAUAAGUGUAGGAGAAAUAUUUAAAUACAUAAUUUCCAGAAGUACGCCCUACUCCCGUCGUGGAACUUGACAGAUGUCAAGGAGAGGUGGAAGAGAGCAUAAUACGAUUCCAAUUAAGCAUAAUAUCAGCACAAUAUAGCAUUCGUUAAUAGUGUCGGUU